UACUAUCGCAAUAACAUGUCCUCUAAGAACGAUAUCAGUGUGCGUGUAGGUAAUUGACAGCGAUUGACAGUGUUAUUGCAUAGUUCGCGAGUAGUGUUGGUUAAGACGGUUAAACAGCGUAGGAAAGGGUGCAUAUAUAUACAUAUUGUGUAAAGAUUAAAUUGAAAUUCCUCAGAAUCUGAAGAAUGGCUGCAGAUAACAUGAUGGUAAAUGAACAGGAUAAACGAGUAAAGCACCUGAAACGAGAAUUAGAAGGAUGGCGUGAAGUUAUAUUGCCAUUGAAUUCAGUUCUUCUGUGGGAAAAAAGCUGGUAUCCAGGCAUGUUAGUUGGCAUCACAACAACAUUUUUUCUGUUGUUCUGGUACCUGGAUCCAUCAGUUCUUACAACUGUUUCUGUAAUUGGACUGAUAGCAACACUAGUAGAUUAUUUGGUACCAACCCUCACAGCCAGUGUCUGCCAUCCUGAAAAUUGGACUGGAAGUAAGGAACGAAAAUUAGAAGAGAUCUGUCGUGAACUGGCAAAUGUUCAGACUCAAGCAUCUGUCAAAUGGUCUGUGUUCUAUGAUAUGCGACAUUCAAGACCAAAAGUGUACUAUUUGACAAUGGUUUCAAGUCUGCUGUUUCUUGCUUGGCUGGGAAAUAUGGUUAAUAAUAUGCUGCUUACAUACUUUGCUGAUCUCCAGUUGGCAGCAGAGCUGGGGAAGACACUUCUGGAGAGAAACAAAGAGUUGGAGAACAGUCUGAAGCAGCACCAGAAUAUCAUUGAGGAUCAAACUCAGGAAAUUGAAUAUCUCACGAAGCAGACGACAGCGCUACGGGAAGUGAAUGACUCAAGGCUCCGAAUUUAUGAGCAGUUGGAAGUUAGCAUUCAGGAGCUGGAGAGAGCUAAUCAGCGACUGGCACUGGACAAUUCAGCAGAUAAGAAGCAUAUCAAGAGCCUCUGCUUGAGUAUAGACUCACUGGAAUCACGAUGUGAAGAGCUUCAGAGGACCCUGGAUGAGAUGACUCUGAAGCAAGAUAGUCAGCUGAGGCAUCAACAGAGGUCAAAGGGUUCCCAACCUCAUCCUCCUUCAGACAAUAGGGAUUCCAGUGACCCUAGUAUAAAAUUUGAAAAUUGGACAGAUCAGCAUGGUGAUGAAGGUGUAGACAUGAAGGAGAAUGCAGAAGAUGAGGAAGUGAUUAGGUUACUAGAAGAGCUUCAGGAAUUGAGGUCUCAGCGAGUUAAGGAACAGAGAAAAAUAUCAGACUUGGAAGAGCAGUUGGCUGGUCUCUUACAGGACAAUUUGGCUCUGGAGGAGCAGAUGACUCUGUUGCAACAGAAGGAAGAGGAUAUGAAAUCACUGCAAGAAGAAAUUUCUACUUUGGAAGAAGUUAGGCAAGGACACCUGUGUGGACGCUGCCUGAAGAAUGUGGACUCCAGAGGUCAUGAUGAACUGUCAAUGAUGCUAGACAAUGAAGAGGAAGAAGAAGAAGAAGACGCCAGUGUGGUAAAUUCUGUUGUGAGUCAAACUCAUCGCAGCAUGAUCAUGCUGCAGAUUCAGGAUUCCUCUGCAGAGGUGGAGCAGACACAUGACAAUCCAUAUCGUGUUCUAGUUGAGAAGUACGAAGCACUGCUUGAGAUGCAGCGCCAUCCAGCCUCAGUUAGGCAGCAUCAGGUUGUUCCUAGCACCAAUUGUCUGUCGUUGCAGGAAGAACUACAGUUGUCAGGAGACUUCUCCAGCUUCAAUGGAAAAGUAGAGGCAGAUGGAGAGAGUGAUAAUGAAUGCACUGAAUCAGCUGUUCCUGGUAAGAGUUGUAAGAAAGAGACUAACAUGGAGAAAAAGGCUGAAAAGGCAUUUUCUAUGACUCCAACAGACUUCUCAGAAGCAGAAACAUCAUCAUCUGGUUUUUCAGAUGAGACUAGCAACAAGGCAACACAAACAGAUGGGCACUUACCACCAGGUUCAUUUCUGUGUUCAAUUGCUGAUGGAGAUGAUUGCCGUUUCAGUAUAUAUGAUGAUGCCAGUCCUAUUGAAAGUCGUUUCCGAAAGACACCUGAGUAUCGCCAACUUUUCAGAGAGAUAUUUGCAGUUCUCAAGAGAGCAGCGGAAGCGAAAGAUGAGGGCGAACAACUUCCACUGUUAGAAGAUCUCACGCCUGUAGCAGAGGCCCCUAAAGUUCCACCAGCAACUCCUGCAAAGGAAGAGCUUCCAGAUGAUUUUUAUGAAUGUAACAGUGUCAACAAUAUGAAUUUAUCAAAUCCUGAGCUUCCAAACAAAUCCACAAAUGCUGAACACACUACAAGUAGUGUAACAAACAACGAAAUAGUGUCUUUCAAUCAGCAGUUGGAUUCUACAGCGACUCAUACAAUUGCUGAAUGCAAGGCACAAGUUUCAAAUGAGUCUUUAGCCAAAGAAAUUGACUUGCCCAGGCCUAAAGCAGUGCCCAAACAAGAUAUUCUGGAAUAUUUGUCUGUUGGUGUAGGUGUCAGAAAGAAAUCACAUGGAAGGAAGAAUUCUCCUAUGAAAACUUUGAAACCAACUGUCGCAGAAAGAGUGGAACAAAUAGAAUCCACUCCACCUACAAGCAGUUGUACUGGAAUGACAUAUGCCAACAGACUUUCCAAUAGUGGUAAGAGGAGGAGAGAGCUAAAGAAUCCUGAUAAAGGAAGGGGUGGAUACAGCCAGUUACCUAUAGGAGGGGAGUCACGAAUGCCAUAUGAGGCCUGGAAAAAGGGAGAGCUUCAGAAUUCAUCUUGUAGCCAACAGAAGCCCUCAUACUUCCAACAGUCAUCUUAUCAGAGGUUAGGACAUCAGCAGCAGAGCACAUGGGAUUUUCAGCCAUUCAUCAGCUCUGCAUCACAGGAAGUUGCCAAGCUGAAACGUCUAGAGAAGUCUUAUGCUGAAGUUCUUCGUCUUGGACCUCAGAAAUGCAGUAAUCGAUUGAUCCCUGCAAAUGGCCAUCGUAAGUGAAAAUACAGCUGAUAAAAAUGUCUGUAUUUUAUGACUAUAAUUAUCAGUAAUGUUUCAGAAGAAGUGACUUCAGAAAUGUUUGUCUUAUGGCCAUGAAAAGACACAUGCUGUAAGGAUUAUUUAAAUCAUAAACCAAGCGAAUGGAAUUUUGAUUUUGAUGUAGUGCCAAGUGUUCCUUCAUCCCUCAUGUUGAAACAACCAUGGUAUGUGGGUUCCUCAAAUCCUGCAUUCAGCCUUGUUCAUAUGGCACUGGUAUAUGGACUUUGGUGGAUGGUGUACUUCAGAUAUGUUUACUGGGAAUGUGAUGAACUGCCUCUUGUGCCAUGUGUAUAUUUUUUCAUGUAUUUUACCCAGGCUUUGUAAAAGAUAUUGUGUAAUGUAUGUGCAAUAGCUGUACUGUAAAUUAUGUGUAUAAAACAACAUUAAGCAUGUUAAAUAUUUAGCUUUAUGAAAGAGAGUUUUCAGCUGGUUUCAUUGGUACUUAAAACUGAGUGGUGAACCAAAAUGUUAUUUGAGAUCUGAGUAAUCAAAAGACAUAUAACUACAUUAUAAAAAGAAUACUACAGUA